AUGGGGGCGCGGCCGAGUCGGCGAGCGGGGCCCAAGGUGGGAUGGGAGGCCAGGGAGGCGACGGAGUGUGGCCCGCCCUACGAGCGCCGAGUGCGCUGGCCCCGCGAGAUUCGGUCCACACUCCGCGAGCGGCCGCCGCAGCGCGCCCAGCAGCUCCUGCGCCUCCUGCGCCAGGACCUGGGCCUUGAGGGGACCCUCCUCAACCUGGUGGACCCUGCCUCCCAUGACCUGCUAUCAGCCUGGCCUGGGUCCGGCAGUGCAGCACUUCGGGCCUCAGACCAGCCUGUCCAGCUCCCAGUGGGCGGCCUCCCCUGGGCCCAGGCCAGGCUACAGCCAGAGCUGGGGGAGGAGGGCUGGCAGGCUGACUAUGAGUUCUGGAUGUCCUUGGAUAAGAUCUGCUGGCAGCUCACCUGCCACCUCAGCCUGAACUCCAAGCGGCAGCGGGGCCCUGGCCUGCCCCACAGGAAGACCUAUACUGGCCUGUCAAAGGGCUGGCCUCUGGACUCCAGGUGGUCUUCGAAAGCAUUGGCUGAGCCCUCCCAGAGGCUUCGAUCAAGAGGCUCCAGGUGGCUCAAGAGGCCACCUCUCAGGGUCACAAGCUCAUCCCUGGAAUGGGCCACAGGCGCCCAGGGCCUGGAGCCACUGCCACAUCUUGCCCAGCUCUUGCUCAAAGGCAACCCACUGUCGAGGGCUGCCACUCGGGUACUUACUGAAGCAGUCAAGGACCCGGCCAAGUUCCCCUCGCUGGCCUGGAUGGACCUGCACAACAACAUGGACAUGGCCUCCCUGCCACAGUCCCUGCUGGUCAGCCUGUGCUGAUGGCUUAGCCAGCAUACCGCACUGUCCACCAUCCACGAGAGCCUGGACCUUGAGCCCAAGGGCUGCGUGGCCAGGGCCACACCCUCUGCGGCCACCUCAUGCUCUGCGGCUGCAGCGCGAGGGCCCAAACCCCAGGCCUGCUGCGCCAGGUGA